AUGGGCAACGUCCCACCCCCACAUAUCUCGACCAGAAUACAGAAUGCUACCAUCGCAAUACCUUCACUUUUUUGUGUGAAUUCUCCCAUUUGGCGGGAAAAUUUGUUUGGGAAAAAAUUGAUCAUGAAACCUAUGCGUUAUGCCCACAGCGAAGGCCAUACUGAUCUAUGUUAUGAAGAUACUGGCAGAUAUAUGCUGACAUGUGGGUCCGAUGGCGAUGUGCGGAUCUGGGAAGGAAUUGACGAUGACGAUGCUGUCUCACAUCGAGUUGGUGACAGGGUGUAUGCUGUUGCAUAUAAGAAUGGCCGUUUCUUUACGUCAUCGGAUGCCAAUUCAGUCCAAGUUCACACAUUUCCCGAUGGAGGUCCAGAUGGAAUUGUUACGCGCUUCACUGCUCCUGUCAAUCACAUGUGUUUCAACCAAUCUGGGACAACUAUGGUUGCUGGGGCCAGUGAUUUCACAAUCAAAAUUAUAGUGGUGGAGACCAGCAGUCACAAAGUGUGUCAUGGUCACGAAGCCCCAAUUCUGAGUGUUGCAAUUGAUCCCAAAGAUGAAUAUUUUGCUUCAUCUAGCUGUGAUGGCAGUGUUCGAGUUUGGAAGAUGGAGGACCAAACAGUGGUCAAAUCAUGGAAUCUCUUACAGAAGUGUAAUGAUGUCAGCUUGUCCAAAACAUUGUGUCGACUUUGUUGGUCUCAAGAUGGAAAGCAUCUGUUUGUUCCUGUUGAGAAAGAAGUUCAUAUUUAUCAAAGAGACUCAUGGGAAAGAUUGUCUUCCAUUACAGACUCGCAGCUUUCUGAGGCUGUAUCCGUGACCUGUUUGUCGCCCAAUGGCUCUCAUCUGGCAGUUGGUUGUAUUGAUGGCUCUAUCUGUGUCCUAGACUGGAAGAAGAGAAAAGUACUGCACAAACAUAAACAUCAAAAGAAUUUACCCAUUACGGCUCUAGCAUGGAAUCCAUCUAAAAAUAAUGAGUUGGCUUUUUGUGAUAACCAGGGCCAGCUUGGUGUUAUUGAUGCUGCUGUUAUACAGGAUUCAACUGCUGAGGGUACCGGUGAAUCGACUCGUGGCGAGUUUGAGGGUGUGUUUGAUGACGACGAUGACAUGUUGAUUGAGGCCAGUCUUCGCCACACUGCCGACGAUAACGACAGUGUCAGUGGAGAUGGGUUCCAGCCCAAAAAAUCUACACAGGCUAUAGUAGACGAUGACGAAGAUGAUGAUGGAGACUUCCUGAAAGACCUGAAGAAUGACCUGAAAGGUGACGAGGAUGAUGCAAGCAGUGUAUCUGAAAGUCUGCCACCACAGCCCCUCCCCCUUGUUGUCAGAGAUGAUGGCUACAAGCCCACACCCUUACAGCGUCCCUUUCAACCAGCCUCAACACCAGAACACUUGCAAAGCAGAUUCAUGAAAUGGAACUCUGUUGGCAUCAUCAAGCAGUACAACACAGAGGAAGAGAACUCGAUAGACAUUGAGUUCCACGACGCAGCGACUCACCACGCCAUGCACAUCACCAACAACAUGGACUACACCAUGGCCGAUCUCUCCUCUGAAGCUGUCGUAGUGGCCUGUGUUGGCGAGAUAGAUUCACAAAGUAAAUUAACAUGUAUGCACUUUGGAUCAUGGGAUAGUGCCAAGGAAUGGACAGUUGCCAUGCCAGAAGGAGAAGACAUUCAGGCUGUGGCUGUAUGGAUACAAAAAGCCAAGUCUAAAAAGAAUGCUGAAAACCAGGAUAAGAAAAGAAAACGGGAUGAAUCAGAAACUACAGACAUGAAUUGUGCUAAAAACAAAAAGUGUGAGCUUGAUGAGACUGCUGAUGCAAAGAAGCCACUUUCCCAGUCCACCAACGACAGACUUAAAAACUUUGCUUUUGCUAAAGACGGUUGA